AUGUCGCCCGACGACGGAGCCGAGAGCGACUACGGUCCGAAGACGCCCAAAAAGACAACCAACGCUUUCAAAUCAAAUCAUGGCACGCCUACAACUCCAAAACGACGAUCCCCCACUGGCGAUGCCGUUCCCAAGUUGGCACCGGCGGGUGGCCGACGACGAUCGAACUCGAGAAGACACGAUGCCACUUUGCUAUCCGACUUCUUCAUGGGCAAGCAAACCCCCGAGAGAGUCGCUGCGGAACGCGCAGAGCGCAAGCGACGUCUUGCGCUGCAGGCUGAGCAAGCCGAGGCGCGCGCAGAAGAAGCCCGGUUAGAACAACACGAUAUGAAGCAGAGCGCCGUCCGCAAACUUCAGCAACCUAGCGGCGUGCGCGAUCGAGUUCGAGCCUGGCAAAACUCAAGCGGUGCAGCGGCGGUAAGGGGCAAUCCCGAGUACGCCGCCACGGAACCCAGCGAUGUUGCGUUCAAUGGCGAGGAUCUCGAGAGUGUUACGGAGGAGGAUCGCGUUCGAAUCAAGCUUCGCAAAAGAAGGCAGUCGGUUGUGAAGAUGGCAAAAGACAUAGCAGACGCUGAAGCAAAGUCUACGGCAGAUAAUCAGGACUCACAAGACGACGAUGAUGUCCAGUCGGUCGCGACUCCUCGAAAACGAGUCGUCAGCGAUCGCAACUGGAUGAAACAGCGCUCACAAAAGACACCACCGAGAAAAGUGUCACCUACAUUAUCUAGAAGCUCCACAGGAAAGCAUGCGCUUCCCCGAAACUUCCUUGCAAGACCAACGCCUAAUCCCUCAGCCUCACAAAAGGUGAAGAGCUGGGCUAGCAAAGUAGAAACAAGCAGCGACAUCAGCAGUCACUCCUCAUAUCGCCCGCCCAAAAGCAAGGACGACGACAACUCAGGCACCGUUCGAGCUACUCCAACAAGACAUAGAGGCUACGACGACGGCAUCCGCGUCACCGGCUCAAACCCAUCAUCGGUUGUACGGGAUGAUGGCAUCCGCGUCCGUCCUACCGAGGGUUCUGAUAUCUCCUUCCCUGGACAAACGUAUAAACCGCCCCGCAGGCGCCGAAGCAAGAGUCACAGUGAUAGCUCGCGCCUAACAGGCUCCGCCAGCGUGAGUGAGCUUAGUGCCAAAUUCUCAGAAAUGAGCAAACCCUCCGAUGUGAGCGAUUGGAAGCCCCCACCUUCAACAACCAAGGUUCGCGAGAGAGCCAAGAGUUUCCAUGCGGCCGUUGAAAAGGCUCGCAACGGGGAUGGUAGCACCUUAUCUGACAGUGCUCUGGGAAGUAACUCUGACCUGGGCUCCAACUUGACUGCCAAGACUCUCGCCGACAUCCCAGGAGAUAUACCGUUUGGGCAUUCGGCUUUCAGUGAACUUGAUUUGACGGUUGGUGGUACCGGCAAGAGUCGACCCAAAAAGCCUAAUGUGGAACGCAAAAACAGCAUAAAGGGUAUGCCCAACGUUUUCAAAAAGGUGGUUGAAGAAGGAAAGAAGAUUAUCCAGGAAGUCAAGGAUAAGGAACCGCCUCGACCACAAGUCGCAAACAAGCCUCCAAGCAUAGAGACGUGGCUCAACACAACAGUAGAUCCGUUUGUCGACACUCCCUCUGGGAAGCCAAAGACGGAAACCACGGCGCCAAAGGCAAAGGAUACUACAAAAUCUGAAGAACCAAAGAAAGUUUCUCAAAGACGAUCGUCUGUUGUAUCAAAUGAGACGGCUAGCGCAACGCAAGAACGAGUUCGUGCUACCGAGCCAGAGACCACUGAAGCAAAGUCUCCCGAAACUCCGAAGACCCCAACACCGGUGGCUUUAAAACGACGAAGUGCUACAAAGACCACACCUACAAGGUCAACAGGAAAGGGACAGUUCCUUGGCCUAUUGAAGCAAGCGUUUCAAGGCGAGUCGGCAGGAUAUUCACCACCACCAAAGACCUACCAGACGAAAGAGGAACGGAAGUUUGACCCUCGUCAUGAGCCUGUAUAUGACGAAAGUACCAUUCUGUCAAGUACUGUGACAGGUAGUGAGCUUACAGAGAGCACCUUGAGCCAAGAAACAAGAUCCACAGGUCGCUCAGAUGGCUCCUCGGAAUUACACAGCCCACGUUAUCGCCCUCCCACAACUGGCAGACAUGAACUCUCUACCAUCAUGUCAGAAAGUGACCACUCAAGCUCGCUAGGCUCAGAUCUCAGUUCACCUGCAACCGAGUCCACCUUGACGCAGUCGACAGUUGUGACAAAAGAGAGUGACGACUUGACGACAAAGGAGCCAGCGUGUGGAUUAAAGCGAAGACUAACCAAGCACUCUGACCUCGUAUCAGUCCUUUCACUCCCUGACAACAAUGGUAUCGCUCAUGAUAUUGCAACCGGUCGAUCACGGCCCAGCCUUCGACGCAAAAAGGGCGGAGCCUCUGACGCCACCGCCGACGAGCUGUUGAAAGAAUUCUGCGAUGAUGAGGUUCUAUAUAUGCGCGAGCUUCGGACCUUGGUUGACGGCGUUAUUCCUGUUCUCCUUAGCCAUGUCAUGAACGGAGGUAGCGGCAUCGGGCUGUUUGACUCCAACGCGUCGGUUGAUUUGGAUAGCAUGUCCAAGUCUGUUGUGAAAAUGGGUGUCGCGUUGGAGAAGCUCAAAGUCGCCCACAAGAAAGCCCCAACUGCCGAUAUUCGUCGCCUAACACACUGGGCCCAUGGUGUCAUUCCUGUAUACAGUAGCUAUGUGUCUGCUUGGAGACUCGGCUUCCAAGAUGUGGUCGUUAACCUUGCUCCUGCUGGCGAUCGAGUAGAGGAGGACUCGCUACUAGACGCUUUACCUCAAAACGACAAGGGCGAUCUGCUCAAUGCUGAUGGCGACAAGGUGGCAGUUGCACACUUGAUGAAGCGACCACUGGUUCGAAUCAAGCACAUGACGAAGCUUAUGCGCUGCGCUGAUGAUCUCCUCAACACACAAGAUACCCAUGAUUUGCUCCGAGAUCUCGAGAGCCUCCAAGAAAAGGCACGACGACGCAACCGUGAGGAGAUUGCCAGAAUCACAGAUGAGGAUGCAGCAAACACAGAUAUCACUCGAUCAAGAGACAUCCGAACUCUUGAUGCGGCCGAAGUGUCCUACAUCGACCCGACCCUCCAGGUCAAUGCCAAGGACAUAUUCUCUCUCGACUUUGUACAUUCAAAUGGACAGCGCUUGGAAUGUCGAGUUGAGAUUAUUUACCGCGAUUGUUCUCGACAGCCGGAUCGAGAGGGCGAUAUCCUUAUCCGUGAAGUAGGCGAUGGUAACCGAACGUAUCUCCUUUUCCCAGCCAUCCCCAUGUCUCUUGUAUCUGCAAGAACAGGCGACGGAAACUUUGACAUGGUAAUGAUGAUUCGGGGAACCCGCAAAGGAAAACAGUGGCACGAGCUUUUGACACUAUACACCGAUAAUGAGGACCAAAUCCUGGACUGGCUCGAUCUUUUACCCGUCUCCCCAGUACCCCCGCGGGAGCCUGAGCCAAGUGUGGUUGACGACAGCGACUUUUCAAGCGAUAGAAACAUCCCCGUCGGAGUACGAUACAACGAUGGCCGCAAGUCUCCUUUGAUAGCAUCUCCAACUAGCCCGCGUACGCCAAAGCGAUCACACGAUCGCCGGGACGAGCAUGAAGACAUGGACAAGACGCCCACUCAGGAGGAAUAUAACAAUACUACAAGCCCUCUGCACGACAUGGUACCUGCUCCUCUCAACCUUCGAAACAAGAAAACACCGCCUCCUCAGGAAGAUGACGAUGCUCCUCCUCCUCCGCCAGCCCACCGAAUUCCACCCUCAAGAUCUCUUUCCAAGCAUGAGCCGGACUUGCAACCCAGUCCCAAGGAUCAACUCAAGCGACGAGGGUCAUCACCACUCAAACAUGAAUAUUUGCCUUCUGAUGCCUCCUCAGCAUCAGCAUCUUCGCAAGUCAAUAGUGAUGAGGAUUCGUCAGAUGAUGAGAUUGACAGCAUUGAUAUUCCCGAAACAGAGCUCGGCGUCAGUAUCGACAGCAAGCCUAUUCAACCAGUGGAUAGCAGCAACUUUGGCUCCGAGGUCAGCCUUACACCGUCUAAUUCAGCAUCUCAGGCCCAUAAGCACGCGCCAUCCAUGGCUGAGACGAUCCCUCAGUAUAUGGCAUCUAUCUCCAGGUGGUCUGAUAAAGGAAUGUGGAAAGACAUUUCUCCUCAACCAUGCUCCAUUGUCGUUUCCGAUGGGUUGAUCGAGGCAUACGCAUAUCGCCCUGCUGGUCGGGGACGAUCCAACAGCACAAAUCACGGCGUCGUUCUCGAUGAUCAACCCCUGGUGGCCCUUGAUCUGACUCCUCUCGUGCUCAUCCGCCAGAGCACUGCCCUUGAUCUCGAGGUCCGCUCGUCCUUGCAGCCGCAUUGCAUUCUCCAACAGAGCAUCAGCUCAGGCAAUUUCCGCUUCCGAUGUCACAACGCGCCCGAAUGCUUCGCCCUCUACAUGGCUGUCCACCAUGCCCGACUCAACAACCAAAAGUUUAUCCAGCUUGAAAACGAGGCACGUUUCCGAAGCUUUGGAGAACGCAGAAUGCAAGAAUACAAUGGCGACGAUAACGCCGCCCCCAAACGACGAAGCUGGUUCGGAAGAAAGAACAGCUACCGUGGUUCUGUUCGGGCUCCGUCUCAAGACGGCAGCGUCACCCCAUCAUCCACCCCUUCAGCAGCAUCAUUCCUCAAGAGAAUUACCAACUCGGGCAACACGGCGUUCAACUUAGAGCGUUCGUCAGUGGACCGUCACAGUGCUGGCGGCUCUGGCCAGAACAGCUUAUACUCAUCAUCUUCGCAUAGCGGUGGCCGAUCCCAGGGCAUGGGCAGCAGCAACGGCGAGCAGCGACUCUCUAGCAUGGACAAUGAAAACAUUCGCAUCCGCCUUCACCUUCUUGUUGCCGCUGCCAAAUGGGAAGACCUGGGCAACUGCACACUGCAAAUCCGCAGGCCGCCUCCAGGAUGGCGCCAGGCCCUCCGUGCCAAUCACGGUCUAGAGAAGCGUGUCACUGUCCUCACGGCUCCUAAGAAGGACGGUGAAGUUCCCCGAGUAAUGCUAGACGCUGUCCUGGGAAGUGGCUGCUUCUCAACGAUGGGUGCCCGAGGCAUUGUCUGCGGUGUAUGGGAAGAAGUCAAGGGCGCAGACGGCGUCAUUGGCAGUGUGCCUCACCAGGGUGCUACAGGUGGUAACAUUAAGAAAUGGUGCUUCCAGCUCGCCAAUGCAGCAGAGGCCAGCUGGGUGCUGCGUUUGGUUCACCAAGAAGUGUUGAUGACUUGA